CGCCUCAUCUCGGAAUCGUCCAACAUGGCGAAGGAGACGGAAGGGUUGCCACCAGGCGCGGUGCACGUCAAGUGCACAGAAAAGAAAGAAGGCGGCAAGAAGGAAGAAGUUCCAGCUGUGAUCUUGCUGCGGGAAGCGCUGUGGAUGAAGACAGCGACACGGAAACUGUCGAUCGCAUUCAAGGACAUUCAGGACCUCCAAGUGAACGCCGCGGGGGCGUCCGCGACCAAGGCAGCGCGGUUUUUGAUGCGGUUCCGUGUGCGAUCACAGCCACCUAUUUCGACAUUCAUCCUGGAGUUUGCCAACAACGACGACCUCCAACGGACGAAGUUGCAACUCAGCCAUUGCAUUUCGUCAUGGACUCCACCCUCCCAGCAAUCAACGUCGCGUGGUGAAGGCGUGUCAGAAGCCGAGCUAAAGCUGCGCCAGCAGCUGCUGCAAAAGCAUCCCAACACACUAAAGCGUCAGUACACCGACAUGGUUACAGGUAGCAAGCGUAUCCCCCAAGGACUACGUCCCAUCGCAUCUUCGUACAAACACUUUGUAGGCGGUCUAAUUUCGGAAAACGAUUUCUGGAACCUGCCUUGCCGCAAACAACUCCUGUUGACCGAACAGUCGAAGCGCCAAAGGACGGGCAAAACGUCCGAGAUUUUGUCGGAUGUGCAGGGCGAAAACCAGAGCGGCGGCAAGUCCGUCAAGUACAACUUGAACCCGGAGAUCAUCCACCAGAUCUUCGUGCAAUAUCCCGUCGUGUAUUUGGCGUACCAGGAGCAAGUGCCCGACAAAAUGACUGGACUCGAGUUCUGGGGCCUUUUUGUCAAGUCCAAAUACGCCCAUCGCGACAAAAACAGCUUGGCUAACGGUGGUGCUCAUGCCCUGGGUCAGCCCGAAGACCUCUUUACCCGAUACGAGGAAAAGUACGAGGCCAAGCUGAAGCAAAGCGGGCCACGCGACGUUUCCAACGUCGACCCGUUGAUCAACUUGGCAGCAUCGUACACGGACGACGCGCCAGACCCGACGGCGGCUCGCGCGACAACCGACACAAAUUUGGCCAAAUUCAAUCGUCAUGCCGCCGAUGUCCUGCAGGUCAAGGUCACGGCCGCGUCGGCCGCGCAGGACUCGGUCACGCUCGCCGUUGAAUUGGACGACUUGGCACCGACUGUUCCAACUCCCGUCCUGCCGUUGAGCUUGGAAAAUGCAUCGCGGUACUUUGAGCACGAUAGCCACUCCAUCAGGCCAAACGCGACCAAGUCGGAAAGUGGCGGCGGGGCGGGGCAGUCGACCAAGUGGCAUGCAUCUCAAGUCGCCAUGUCUCGCAUGAUGCUGAGUUCGUUGGACCUGUCCGCGGCGUUUCCAGGUAUCGAUGCGCCAAACAUGUGGAUGCGCUUGUGCAAAGUCGUCUGGACAAUUGCCGUGUUGUUUCACGCUUGGACGUUUUGCCGCGGUUGCUGUGACGUUUGUGAUCGUGACUGAGCUGGUGAACUCGUCGACGCUGACAUGGCAUGCGUUUACUCGGUCGACGAGGGAUGAUUGCAUGAAUCAGUUGCGAUUUCUGGCGUCGUGUGCUUGGCCAGGAUGCGUAUGGAUGGACGUCAACAACUUCGUUGUCGACAGCUUUGGACAGUGUUUGCCUCGAAACACAAUAGUUUUCGGUGCAUGGCGAACGGCAGAACCGAUGGUUUUGACAUGGAGAACUCGUUUUGUUCAGUUGCAUCGGUUUAAUAUUGCUAACGGCACGCGACUCGAGCGCAGCAAACGCACGCGGCAUAUUGAAGGAAGUGCUCAACGAAAGCGACGAAACGAAUGCGCUGGACCAAGCGAAUAAGCACACCGACACACGGUUUAUCUCGAGGUAGUGUUCGGUUGAGUUGGGACACUUCAUCUUGUGUCGUUCUGCCCUUGUAGCAAUUUCAAGACCCAACUGACCAACCACUUUCACGACGUGAGCGAAUUGUUGCGCCAUUACUUGAGCUUCAAAGCCAAGGCAACACUGGAUGGGACAGCUGAAGCACGGAGUAAACUCGAGCGGAUCAAAGUCAAGAUGGGCGAAAAAUUCGAGUACUUGGAACACAUUCGAAACAAGCUCCCGCCCGCCGAAAAAACAACGCUCGCGCCGCUGCUCACGCCAUUUCUCGACCAACUCAACAUUCCGUUCUUGGAUGAAGAUUCCAAAGCGUUCUAGGCUGCGUUGGGCUUUGAACACGCUUUGGGAAUGCCUGCCAAGUUGAAUUUCAUUUGGUGCGGCGUCAAGAUAUUCGACCAUUUGGUUGCUCGAAUGCCUCAUGGCAUGCGAGCUACCCUAUCGCCCUUGACUACAAUCAUUCUACCUGGCUUGCCGGACAUCAGUCGUCCCA